AUGAUACAGCGCGGUAUUGUGCGCCGUCAAAGCUCGCUCGCUGCGGCAAAGAGGAUCUCGGCCCAAGCCGACGACGAGCCGGAUAGCGAGCCGGUGAAAGCAAUAUCCAGGACGCGCAAAGCCGCCGUCAAACCACCACUUGCGUCGCCACGGAAAGACGCGUCCGAGGCGGACUUCACACCCCCCGUCGACGACGAUGGAGUCAAGGAUAUCUCAGAGCCGCCGCCCAAGCGGCGCAAGGUCGAAAGGACGCGGAAAUCAGACACGGAGAAGCUUCACGCAAGCCUCUUCGGCCCAUCCGGACAGGCGGCGACGACGACGACGACGCCGGACCCCUGCCCGCCCCCGUCGAGAACCCACGCCGCCAACUAUCACCGUCCGCUGCUGCUGGACGGCCGGCCCGGGCGCGGCGGCAGAGACGCCCUUCUCGCCUGGCCUGGAUCGACCCCGCGCCGCUCCCACCCGGACGGCGCCGCCGGCCUCCGCGCCGCCCUCGAGAGGCGCGCCUACGAGGUCUGGAUCAGCGAGAUCAUGCUGCAGCAGACCCGCGUCGCCGUCGUCAUCGACUACUGGAACCGCUGGAUGGCGCGCUGGCCGACCAUCCGGGACCUCGCCGCCGCCGCCCCCGAGGACGUGCUGGCCGCCUGGCGCGGCCUGGGCUACUACAGCCGCGCCACGAGGAUCCACGAGGCCGCCAAGCUCGUCGUCGCCGACCCGGGCUGGGCCGGCCUGAUGCCCGCCGACACCGCCGAGCUCGAGGCCAAGGUCCCCGGCGUCGGCCGCUACACCGCCGGCGCCAUCGCCGCCAUCGUCUUCGGCCGCGCGGCGCCCAUGGUCGACGGGAACGUGCUCCGGGUGCUGAGCCGGCAGCUGGGCGUAUUCGGCAACGCCAAGACCGACAAGGCCGUCAUCGACCUGCUCUGGGCCGCCGCCGACGCGCUCGCCAAGGCCGUCGCGAGGGACGACCCCGAAGACGCCCGGGACCGGAUUUCAGACGAGGACGAGGAGGCGCCGCCGCCGCCGCCGCCGCCCCCGACGAGCGAUCGGCCGGGGCGGUGGGGCCAGGCGUUGAUGGAGCUCGGGAGCACCGUCUGCACGCCCAAGCCGAACUGCGGCGCGUGUCCCGUCACUUCGACCUGCCGCGCCUACGCCGAGGGCCUGCUGGUGGCCGCUAAACCGACGAGGGCCGCCAAGGUGGAGGACAUUGAGGACCUCUGCUCGAUAUGCGAGCCCUUCGAGGAGGAGGAGGCGGCGGCGGCGGCGGCGGAGGAUGAGGCUGCCCUCUCGAGGGAAGACUCGGACGCGAAAGCGCCAAAGGCGGUAAAGGGGGGCAAAGAGGCCGGCAAGGGGACCAGGUCUCGGCCGGUCGCGAAGCAGGCCACCCUGUCCGCCUUCUUCUCCUCCUCCUCUAAGACGGCCAAAAAGGAACAAGAACCGGCCUCGCCGGGACCGCGGGCGGCCGACGCGAGAACCCUGGAGAUAAUCGCCGAGCACGCCAGGAAGUUCCCGCUCAAGGUCGUCAAGAAGGCGGUGCGCGAGGAGGAGGCCCUCGUCUGCGCCGUCCGCCGCCGCAGCGACGGGCGCUUCCUGGUCCACCGGCGCCCGGACAAGGGGCUCCUCGCCGGGAUGUGGGAGCUGCCGAGCCACACGCUGACGCCGACGGCGGCGAGCAACACGGCGUCGUCGAGGAAGCGGGACGCGCAGGGGUACGUCUCGGGUCUGCUCCUCGGCGGCGGCGAGAAGCAGCAGAAGGCGAGGGCCAAGGACGGGCCCCGGGCGCGGCACGUCGGCGACCUCGGCAGCGUGCCGUGGCUGUUCUCGCACAUCAAGCUGACGAUGCACGUGCACCUGUUCGAAGUGGAAGGGGGGGAGGGGGGGUGUGUGUCGUCGUCGCAUGCGAGGCACCGGUGGGCCACGGCGGAGGAGGUGGACGAGGAAUCGAUGGGGACCGGCAUGCGCAAGUGUUGGGCCCUGGUGAAGGAGAGGGUCGAGGAGUAG